GGAGAUGAAAAUCAAACACACCGUGGUCGGGACAACACGUCACUAAACGGAGACCUGCCACAUACCAUAACCGCUAAACAUUAGCCAGCGGUUAGCAUCUGGCACCGUACAAAUGGCUUUAACUUCAGAAAAGAGGAGGUUUUCGCUGAUGUGUUAGUCACAAUGACUAGCACAAGAAACAGAAUGGAACCCCUGAACGAACGAAACUUUCCUCCCUCGGCCGACUGAGUCUAAGAAGUAGCCCAACAAGUUGAAGACAAUCUCCAUCAUGGGAAGGAUCAGCUUUUCGUGCCUUUUUCCAGCCUCGUGGCAUUUCAGCCUGCCAUCCCAGGUCCUUCCUCGGCUCCUCAUCCCCUCCCUCAGACAGCUGCUCUUCAUCGGUCUGGUGCUCUGUCUCAUAGGACUGCUCUAUCUGCUGCUUGUCACUGGAAAGGGGGCCACCAGCUGGACCAGACAGGAAAACCACUUCCACAGGCACUUGGCAAGGGUGACUGAUGUGGAUGCGACAGAUACAAGCAACCCCAACCUAAACUACGGCCUGGUGGUGGACUGUGGCAGCAGUGGCUCAAGGGUGUUUGUGUACUGCUGGCCCCGGCACAAUGGUAAUCCCCAUGAAUUGCUGGAUAUCCAGCAAAUGAGAGAUCAGCAUCGCAAGCCCGUGGUCAUGAAGAUUAAACCAGGUAUCUCCGAAUUGGCUAAAACACCGGAGAAAGCCAGUGAUUAUAUUUACCCUCUGCUGAGUUUUGCAGCCCAACACAUCCCCAAAAAUAAGCACCAAGAAACGCCCUUGUACAUCCUGUGCACAGCUGGAAUGAGAAUCCUUCCUGAAAGUCAACAAGAAGCACUUCUUGAAGAUCUGCGAACAGAUAUCCCAGUCCACUUUAACUUCCUCUUCUCUGAUUCCCAUGUGGAAGUAAUUUCUGGUAAACAGGAAGGUGUCUAUGCCUGGAUAGGAAUAAACUUUGUCCUUGGGAGGUUUGACCAUGUGCACAGCGAUGGGGAAGCAGUAGUGGAGGUUCAUGUCCCAGGCAAUGAUCAGCAGGAGGCGCUGGUGAGGAAAAGAACUGCUGGCGUCCUGGACAUGGGCGGGGUCUCCACACAGAUCGCAUACGAAGUGCCCAAAACUGUAAGCUUUGCUUCUCCACAGCAGGAGGAAGUUGCGAAGAAUUUACUGGCUGAGUUUAACCUUGGGUGUGACGCACAUCGAACAGAGCAUGUUUACCGUGUUUAUGUGUCGACCUUCCUGGGUUUUGGAGGAAAUGCAGCACGCCAAAGAUACGAGGAGAGCCUCAUCAAAAACACUGCCACCAGAAACAAGCUAUUAGAUCAGCACAUAGGUGAGACUGCAGAGUCUCCCCUCUUGGACCCCUGUCUACCCACAGACCUGCAGGAUGAGAUCGGUCCAUCUAGCCAGAAGCUCUACCUGCGAGGCACAGGCGACUUCGACCUGUGUCGACAGAUUCUGCAGCCGUUCCUAAACCGCACCAAUGAGACACUUACCUCCCUCAGUGGGAUCUACCAGCCAGCCAUCGACUACAACAACAGUCAGUUCUACGGCUUCUCUGAGUUCUACUACUGCACGGAGGACGUGCUGCGCAUGGGUGGAGAUUAUAAUGCUUCCAAAUACGCUCGGGCCGCCAAGAGUUACUGUGCCACCCAGUGGAAGACUCUGAGGGAACGCUUUGACUCUGGCCUGUACGCCUCACAUGCUGAUCUUCACAGACUGAAGUACCAGUGCUUUAAAUCGGCCUGGAUGUAUGAAGUUUUGCACUCAGGCUUUUCUUUCCCUGCAAAUUAUAAAAACCUGAAGACUGCCCUUUUGGUCUAUGACAAAGAGGUCCAGUGGACUCUGGGUGCCAUUCUUUACCGAACACGGUUUCUCCCUUUAAGGGACAUCCAGCAGGAGAGUCUAAAAGGAUUGCACUCCCACUGGCGACACAGCUUCUCCUUUGUCAACAACCACUACUUGUUCCUGGCUUGUUUCUUCAUCGUCUUGUUGUCUAUCAUGCUGUACCUACUGCGACUCCGCCGCAUACACCGGCGUACAGCCCAGCGCUGCAGCCCGUCAGCUGUGACGUGGUUGGAAGAGGGCAUUGGCUCUCCCACACUCCCCAUCAACCUCUAGAGAUUAUAGAUAAUGUCUGGACAGCAUGUCAGACUUUACAGAACCAGUCGUCUCUCCUUUUUCUCUCUUGAUUGUUCAGUGAAAUUUUGAAGUCAUCUUCCCUGAAAUCAAUUCCCUCCACUACGAAAUGAGGCAUCAGACUGACAAAUGGACAGCCAAGAAAGAUUUUUAUGAGUCAUCAGGCCUACCUGAGCCAUGAAUAUAUUUGUGUUUAAGUUAUUCUGUUUUAAUAUAUUAAUGUCUUCUAGAAAUCAUGUUCUUGCUUGCCACAUACUCAAAUCAAACAUCAGCAGCCUCCAGGUGUUUUGUGAUUCAUUUCUCAAACAGACACACACAACGGUACAUUACCUACCAGCUUAAAUUCGAUUGUGGAUAGAUGUGUAGUCUGUACAGAGUACAGAGGGGGUAUGUGGCAUUUGCCUUUUAUUUAUGCCUUUUGUAAGUCGUAUGAUCACAUCUUUUCUUAGUUGUUUUUAUAGUUGUCAAAUGGUACAAGCACUUGCUAUUUUGGCAGAAAGCUAAAUACAAAGUGAUUAAUAGUAAGUAGAGGGAGCACUUUUAAAAAUGCAGUUAGGAUGCCUUCCGCAGUCUGAAUGGACUUUCUUUUCAUGUGUGUGUGUCUUACCUAAGUUGUUUUGCCUCAACAAGACAAGUAGCCGUUAAUGGCUUUACCAGUGCAAUACAGGUCUUGUCACUGUCAGGAAAUGCUCCAAAAAACACAUCUGCUCUUUUGUUGGGAGUAUCAGUUGCUCUUAAAGCCCUGCUGAAAUUCUUUUGUCGGGUCGCCCGACUUUGAAGUUGGAUACUGUUGCAUUUAUUUAUGUUGAGCUUCAUUUUCAGAAGCUGUCAUAUCACUGCUGUGAGGGGAAUCAAAACAUGCCCCGUUAUUUAUAUGAAAAUGGUCUACUAGUGAAAUGUUUGCACAGAUGAAUGAUAGAUAAAUGUUGUCACAUGGAACUUCAGUAAUAAAGGUUUUAUGGUA